AAUCUUUGGUCACUCGCGAUCCGUACGCCGUGCCGGCUUCAUGUGAUUUUAUUGUAGACGUUGCUUGCACGUAGACAAAAUGAGUGUCGAAAAUCCCACAAGUGAUAAUGAUUGUGACUCCAGAAAGGUAAAUGGGAAUAAAUCUGAACACGUGAAUGGAAUGCAUAAUGGCUAUAGUAGUUCUGAAAAGCACAAAAGUAGCCACAAAUCUUCAAGCAAGGAUAAGCACCGUGAUAAAGAACGCGACCAUAAAAGCUCUUCCAAACAUAGCAGUUCAAGCAGAGACAAAGAGAAGCAUUCAAGCAAAAACCAUAGCAGUUCCCAUAAAUCUUCUAGCAAGGAUAAGGAACGUGAGAAAGAGCAUGAUAAAAAUAAAGAUAGAUCAGAAAAGGAGAAAGACAACAAGGAUAAAGAUAGGCAUAGGAGUGAUAAAGAUAGGCAUAGAAGUGAUAAAGAUAGGCAUAGGAGCGAUCGAGACAAACAUAGGUCAAGUGAUGGAGACAAAAAACAUUCAUCUUCAUCUAAAGACAAGGAACAUAAAUCAAGGGAUAAAGACAGAGAGAAUGAUAAGCACCGUAAAGAGAAAGACAAACACAGAAGUGAUAACUCUAGUUCCAAGGAUAAAGAAAAGCACAGUAAACAUAAAGAGAAGAGCAGUAGCAGUGAAAAACAGGAAAAAAUUAAAUUGGAGCCUGAAGAGUAUAAGGAAAUUGUGACUACAAACAACCUGAAACAAGAAAUAAAAGAAGAAAGUGAAGAUGGAUUUAUGGGUGGCAAUACAACAGUCUCGUCAUGUGACUAUUCUCUUUCUCAAUUCAAGGAUGAACCCAUGCUUGAAAUGGCACCAGAAGAAAGUGAUGAACAAGAAAUGAGUCUGGCGGAUCGUAAGACUGCCCAUAAGCGUGCAGCCAGCGAGAGUCAAGAAGAUAUUCCUCUACUGCAGAGAAAAAAAUCAAAGAAAAAGAUUAAAAGAGAGCCUAGUUAUAACAGUGAGGAUGAAGAGGAAGAAGAAAUUCCCAAAAAGAAGAAAAAGAAACCAGAGAAGAGAAAAAGUAUAAAAACUGAAGAAAGUAGCAGUCCAGUAAAGAGAAAGAAAAAAGGAGAGGAGGAGGAACAGGAAGUUUGGAAAUGGUGGGAAGAAAAGAAGAAAGAUGAUGGAACUAAAUGGCAGUUCUUGGAACACAAAGGGCCAUUGUUUGCACCUCCUUAUGAACCAUUACCAAGUAACGUAAAAUUCCGAUAUGACGGAAAAGAAAUAAGGCUCUCCGAAGAAGCAGAGGAAGUAGCCGGUUUCUAUGCUCGCAUGUUGGAUCACGAUUACACGACCAAAGCAACAUUUAAUAAUAAUUUCUUUCACGAUUGGAAAAAAGUUAUGACAUCGGAAGAAGCCAAACUCAUUAAAGAUCUGUCUAAAUGUGACUUCAAAGAGAUGCAAGCCUACUUUCAGAUGUUAUCAGAAAAGAAUAAGAAUCGUACAAAAGAAGAGAAAGCUGCACUCAAGGCCAAAAAUGAAGAAAUACAAAAGGAGUUUGGUUUUUGUAUUAUUGAUGGACACAAAGAAAAAAUUGGUAAUUUCAGAAUUGAACCUCCUGGUUUGUUCAGGGGGCGAGGUGAGCAUCCAAAAAUGGGUAUGUUAAAAAAACGUGUUAUGCCAGAGGAUGUUUUGAUUAAUUGUUCAAAAGACAGCAAGAUACCUAAACCUCCAUCAGGUCAUAAAUGGAAGGAAGUAAAACAUGACAACACUGUCACUUGGUUGGCGUCAUGGACCGAAAAUGUACAGAGUCAAGCUAAAUAUGUUAUGUUAAAUCCAAGUUCAAAAUUGAAAGGUGAAAAAGAUUGGCAGAAAUAUGAAACCGCUAGAAAACUACAUAAGUGUAUAGAUAAAAUAAGAGAUCAGUAUAGACUUGAUUGGAAGGCCAAAGAAAUGAGAGUUAGACAGCGUGCAGUGGCUUUGUAUUUUAUUGAUCGUUUGGCCUUAAGAGCAGGAAAUGAGAAAGAUGAUGAUCAAGCUGACACAGUAGGUUGUUGUUCCCUUAGAGUAGAGCACAUUGAGCUGCACAAAGAGAAAGAUGGCAAGGAGUUUGUUGUUGUAUUUGAUUUCUUGGGUAAAGAUUCAAUUAGAUACUACAAUGAGGUUCCAGUAGAGAAAAGAGUUUUUAAGAAUCUUGAAUUAUUUAUGGAAAAUAAAAAAGAUAGUGAUGAUCUUUUUGAUAGGCUGAACACACAAACUUUGAAUGAACACCUGAAAGAUUUGAUGCCUGGACUCACUGCUAAGGUUUUCCGUACAUACAAUGCAUCUAUUACAUUGCAAAGGCAGUUAGAGGAGUUAACUGAUCCUGAUGCUUCUGUUCCCGAGAAGAUUCUUGCAUACAAUAGAGCAAAUAGAGCUGUUGCUAUACUCUGUAACCAUCAACGUGCAGUGCCAAAGGGUCACUCUAAGUCAAUGGAAGCCUUGAAAGAAAAGAUACAAGCUAAAAGAGAUCAAGUUGAUGAAGCUGAAGAAGAUGUAAGGCAAGCGACUAAAGAUGCAAAACGAGGUUCGGUGAAGGAAAAACUUGCCUGUGACAAGAAGAAAAAGGCAUUGGACCGUCUUAGAGAUCAAUUGAAGAAGUUAGAACUGCAAGAAACUGAUAGAGAUGAAAAUAAAACUAUUGCCCUUGGCACUUCCAAACUUAACUACCUCGAUCCUCGUAUUUCAGUAUCAUGGUGCAAAAAACAUGGGGUCCCGAUUGAAAAGAUAUACAAUAAGACACAGCGUGAUAAAUUCCGUUGGGCUAUAGAUAUGGCCGGGCCGGAUUAUAUAUUCUAAUAAUUCUUUUAGCGUUAGCUAUUUUUUGUAUUUUGUUUUAUAUUUCAAUACUGUGACAGACUUUGUGUUAGGUUUUCAUUUACAAAUUAUUUAUUGUUUUAUGAAUUUAUGACAACUAAAAUCAUUUGAAUGUCAAACACAUACAUGUUAGUGCAUUACAAUUAUAAAAUCUAGUUAAGGUAGGAUACAAAUCAGAAGUCUGAUUCUAAAUUAUCUUGAAAAUUAGUUUCCUUUAGUAUUCAUAGAAUUUGUACAAAAUGAUUGCUAUUCAUUUGUUCAGUAUCAAUCAAUUUGAAAUGGCAAUUAACUGAUUCAGCAUGUGUGUAUGUUUAGUUAAAAUUUGUAUGUGUGAAUGAGGAAUGGGUAACAACUUUCUUGUCUGUAAAUAUUAAUAAAUCUGAUUUAGUAUAAUUAAUGUUAGUAAAUAUGUAGUGUGUUUUCUUUAAAUCACAUUCAGCUGUCAUUUUGUCUUGUCAGUAUGGACUUAAUAUUUUAAGUCGGAAAGAAAGCAAAUUUUGCACAAUGUGCAACAUGUAUGUUGUAAAUCAGUAAAAUAGGUUACUUUAGUAAUAAAUAUAAUAUCAACUAAGUUUAUCUGUGUUUGUAGUAUCUAUAGAAGCGGGGUACAAUGUGUAGAUAGAUACAUUUGUGUUACAAAAUCUACUUGUUGUAAAUAGACAAUUUAUACCGUGUCAUUAAAAAUUGUGAAAUGAGAUUAUGCGAAUAAAAAAAUUACACAGAUA